AUGUACAAAGAGAUCAUAGUCUUGGUUUAUAUCUUAAUCGUUCUCAGGGUCGUCCUCGCGCCAAUAUACACCUACCUGCGGGAUCCCAAAGGGCUGAAGCGCUUCCCGGGAGUGUCAGUCGCUCCCAUAACCGAUCUUUGGGGAGUAUUGCAGCAAUACCUCCGUACGCGCACCCUUGCCGUCCACAAAGCACACCGUAAAUACGGCAGCAUAGUCCGAGUCGGCCCAACCAACAUCUCCUUUUCAACGCCCGAAGCAAUCCGUGACAUUUACGGCCACGGAACACCAGCGCUGAAAGAUGACUUUUACCAGACCUUCAACUCAACUCAUCUCAACGUAUCCGACGCUCAGGAUAGAGACGUUCACAGCAUCAAACGAAAGCGAUUUGCCAUCGCCUUCUCCCAGAAACGUUUUGUAGAGCUCGAGCCUGUGGUUCAAGACCAUCUGCAGCGUGUCUUCCACAUACUGGACUCUGCAAACGGAAAAGAAGUGGACAUGAAGCAGAUAAUGAUGCACCUGAUGUACAACCUCAUCUUUGUCACCUUCUUCCACCACGACCCCCAGUUUAUAGAGCGAGGCAGCACCAGUGUCCCCAUCAAGACACCAGCCGGGACCCCAUACACAGGCGAGAUUCAUCAUCUGCUCAGUAGCACCUUGCACAUCUCCACCAGCCUCGGAUGGGCACCACGAAUCAGGUCCCUGCUCAAGCAUUUGACCUGCUGCCAUUCAGGCUGGAAGCACGGCACUCAGCUCCAACACAUCACCACGCACUUUGUGCGCGAACGAGUAAACAUGGACAUUGAGCGCGUGGACGCAGGCCUCCCACCACUAGACGAUCUCAUGACCACGCUCCUUUGGAACAGAAACCACGAGCGCCCCCUGUGUCUGGAACUGGGCGAACUAGUGACAGAGGCCCAAAACCUCUUCAGUGCCGCCGGCGGGAACACUGAAAUUGCCCUGACCAGCAUCAUCUGGUACCUCGCCGGCAAUCCACAUAUAGUCCGACGUCUUCGUGCAGAACUUGCAGAUGCAAUCUUACCUCAAACCGAUCCAUCAGCCCUCAUAUCAUACGACCUCGUCAAGAAUCUUCCUUAUCUCCGCGCCUGCAUCGACGAAGGCCUACGUCUUCGACCCUCUAUCCGCGGUGGCCUUCCUCGCGUUGUCCCAAAAGGAGGCAUGAUGGUAUCUGGCGAGUGGCUGGACGAAGGUAUCACUGUCUCUGUAUCCACGUAUACUGUCCAUCGUGACCCGGAUAUCUUCGGUGCCGAUCCGGAGCGCUAUAUUCCUGAGCGGUGGUUGCAGCCUGACGCGCGUGACAUGCAGCGUGGGUUUCUGGCUUUCUCGCAGGGAGGAAGGGGAUGCUUGGGACGGAAUAUUGCUUAUUUUCAGAUGCAGUUGGUUAUUGCAGCGUUGGUCUGGAGGUAUGAUUUCGCGUUAAGGGAAGAGGGGUGGGAGUUGGAGGUGAUGGAGACGUUUAGUGCGCAUACGGUAAGUUUGCCUGUUGUUGCCACGAGACGGGAGUAG